UCUUAACACCACCAAUUAACACACUUAAACUUUCACCCACACUUUGAUCUUUCUCAAAUCUCAGUAAAGCGAGGGAAUAGCGUUGAAAGAUUCUGAUUCAUUUUGAAGAUGAUGGCUUGUGGUUUAAGCAAGAGCCUUGGCUUCUCUUCCUCUUUGAAGAAGCAGCAAGGCAUAGUGACCAUCCUUGGUGGCAGCAACAACAUUUCAUCCGCACCUUCACUUAGGCGAACUUUCUCCGCUGACUUGUCGUCCAAGAAAUGGCUCUCGCAGAACGAGGUUUCUCCUAUGAAGAGGAUCUCUUCCUCGGAGAAGCUCCAUAACCUUGGUGCUGAUUCAUUCAGCUCCAAAGAAGAAGAAGAAGGAUCAAGAUCUGGGGUUGAUAUAUGGGCUCAGAUUCAAGAAGACAAGAACAAGAAGAAGGGUGAGACCGAACCGGACCAAACCGAUGUCUGGAGUUCAAUUUUAUCAGACAAGAAGAAGAACACAGACACUGUUCCUCCACCGUAUGUUCAUCCUCUGAUGAAACGCGCCAGCUCCUUGAGCGAGAAAAGCCUCGAGAUUUGCACUGAGAGCCUCGGAUCCGAGACGGGUUGCGAAGUUUUCUCCACGUACGAAUCUUCGGAGACUGAGGAGAAUCUUGUUCUUGAAGUUACAGUGACCAAAGAGGAGGAAGAAACAGAGUUUGGUGUUGAGGUUGAACACGAACAAAUCACGGUUCCAAAUCAGAAAACCUGCAUGGAGCUGCCUCGAGGCUCGUUUCCUCCACCGAUUCGUUCUCUCUCGAGCCAGACAGGUUCUGCUCUGCACAUGAAAACUCGCCGUGACAAUGGGCGUUUGGUUCUUGAGGCUGUCUCUAUGCCGUCUCACAACAACUUCUCCGCUAAGCGACAAGACGGACGUCUCCUCCUCACUUUUGCAGAAGUUAAUGACAAAGAAGACGAAACUGAUGAGGUUCAGUGGUUCGAAGAAGAAGAGGAAGAGGAGGUACAAGACGAGUUUGCCUACAAGCCCAAUGGGCUUUUAUAUAAGUUGGCACAAAAGUCUAUUGGGCCUGUGACUGUUCAUAGGUUGGCAUGUAAGCCUAUUGGAGUACCGAAGAUAAACUCGAGAUGGCCCGUUACAGAUGAGUCCGAAACCAAAUCCGAUCUGUCCAUGCCUGUAGUCCACUCUCUUCCACCGAGGCCAAGGGUUGCUCAGCUAGCUCGGUCAAUGAAACCACCGUCCACGGUGGACGACACCGUUGGAGCUGCUUGCUUCAACACAUGUGACUACUCUUGGAAGCCUACUAACAAUGAAAGUUUGGGCCAAAACACAAAAACCAAAUUUCAAGCCCAAAACUAUGUUACACAUGAUUGGAUAAAUGGUUGCAAGGAACCAAGGAAGUCUCUUUUGUCUGUUGAGCGUUUCUGCAUUGCCACUUCAUAAGUUUAAGAGCCUACCAAGAAGGAGAAAUUUACAAGACGCAUAAGCAUAUGAUAUAUCUGUCUAUGUGUAUUUAUAUUCGAGUAUGUAUACUCGAAAUAUAUAUCCAUGUCAACCAAAUAACUGUUGUUGCUGAUGGUGUUCUACUUAUUUUUUUUUUGCAUAUUAUAUGUUUUAUCACUUGCCUUAUUGGUUUGUGGAUUAAAAAAUAAACAAUAAAUUUUAAAAUUAGC